UAGUUGUAGUAGUCGUAGAGGAGGAAGAAGAAGUGGACCAUGGCCAAUCUGCAAUGUCCACUUCGCCCCCACUAACGACGAACGGCGGCCGACUGAGGGUGGCGAGGGCCUGGGAUGUUAUCCAGCGCAAUCACCCACGUUGCCAUGGGACGAGCAGUAUAAAAGUAAAGCCUGUCCGACCUGAUCUGACCCAUUGCUCACUCUCACUCUCUCUCUCAUUCAUCCACCCACCAGGUGCACUGUUGUGCUCCUGUGCACUAUGCUAUUUCGGGUGACAGUAGCUUCAUGAAGAGCUGCUCGGCACUGCAUUCCCUCACUCCUUGUCCUGCCACUCUAUCCCUGACCUUCCCUUCAUUUCUCUCGUGUCAUUCCUCCUCCCCGCCCUCCUUCCUCUGUUUCUGGACCUCCUGCUCUGAACUGGAGCGUUGUAAGGAUAGCCUUUUAUUCGCACCUGUAUGCUAGAAACAUUUGUUCACACUCGAUUCUCAGAGCGUGGACCUGUAUUCAUUAUCUUCAUUAUCACCAUAACGAGUGCUGUAUGUUUUGAGCUAGGAGAACUAAGCUUGUAGUUCAAGCGAUUGUAGUGUUUGUGUUCGGGCCCUUCAAAUUGUGUUUUCCUUCGGUGUACACAGUAUCUUAUUUUGUGGAUGACGGACCUCCAUUUGUAACAAAUUUGAGAAGGCGGAGGUAGCAGGAAAGCCAGACUUACUGAGAAGAGGUGGGUUUGAAGGGAAGACAAGAUGGCAGGGGGGGGUGUCGUUACGGCGGGGGAGAUCAAGCACUACCCCGGCCGAACAACCUUCUUUGUGAUUAUGGUCUGUAUAGUGGCGGCAUCCGGAGGUCUCAUGUUCGGAUACGAUGUCGGAAUUUCAGGGGGUGUCACGUCUAUGGACGAAUUUUUGGCGAAAUUUUUUCCUGCGGUGUUGGCGAAGAAGCGAGCAGAGGCAGCUUCGGAGAGCGCCUACUGCAAGUAUGAUGACCAGAAGCUGCAAGCCUUCACAUCGUCGCUGUACAUUUCCGCACUCGUGUCGACAUUCUUCUCGUCGUACACCACCAGGCACUACGGCCGUAAAUUUACCAUGCUCAUAGCUGGUUUCGCCUUCUGCUUCGGCGUCAUCUUCACCGCCGCUGCGCAAGAAAUCAUCAUGCUAAUCAUAGGGCGCGUCCUCCUGGGUUGGGGUGUCGGAUUCGCUAACCAGGCUGUUCCGUUGUACCUCUCCGAAAUGGCACCCUCCAAGUGGCGAGGUGCGCUCAACAUCCUCUUCCAAUUGGCGGUGACCAUUGGCAUCCUGUUCGCCAGUCUCGUGAACUACGGCACAGAGAAGAUGGCUCGCAACGGGUGGCGUGUUUCCCUCGCCAUCGCCGGCCUGCCUGCGAUCUUCAUCACCCUCGGAGGAUUACUCCUGCCAGACACACCGAAUUCCCUCGUGCAACGCGGCAAGCACGAGAGCGCCCGCCAGGUCCUACGCAGGAUUCGUGGCGUCGACAACAUUGAGGAAGAGUUCGACGACAUCCUCAUUGCCAGUAACGAAGCCGCCUCCGUGAAGCACCCCUUCCGCAAUAUCUUGAAACGCCGCAACCGCCCUCAGCUGGUCAUCUCCAUGGCUCUUCAGUUUUUCCAGCAAUUCACUGGAAUUAAUGCUAUUAUGUUUUACGCGCCUGUCUUGUUCCAGACGCUGGGAUUCGGGAGUUCCGCUUCACUUUACUCUGCUGUCAUCGUUGGAGCCGUGAAUGUGCUGGCCACUUGCGUCGCUAUCGCUGUUGUGGAUCGAUUCGGUCGACGAUGGUUGCUCUUGGAAGCUUGCAUCCAAAUGUUCUUAGCACAGACGGCGAUUGCAAUUAUCCUGGCGGCGGGAUUGAAGGGGACCGAGAUGCCGGAGUAUCUGGGAUGGAUCGCGGUGGUAUUGAUUUGCGUGUACGUGUCUUCUUUCGCGUGGUCUUGGGGUCCACUUGGAUGGUUGAUUCCAAGUGAGAUUUUCCCCUUGGAGACGCGUUCAGCAGGGCAAGCCAUCACGGUGUCGACCAACAUGGUCUUCACCUUCCUCAUCGCGCAAGUGUUCCUGUCAAUGUUGUGCGCGUUCAAGUGGGGCAUCUUCCUCUUCUUCGCCGCGUGGGUGGUGGUGAUGUUCCUUUUUACGUACUUUUUAAUUCCCGAGACGAAGGGCAUCCCCAUCGAGGAGAUGGAUCUCGUGUGGACCAAGCACUGGUUCUGGAAGCGCUACGUCCCCUACCCUGAGACUCUCGCUCACACCAGCGGCAUCCCCAUGGGAGAUAUGAAGGUCAGCAAGCUGGAGAAUGGCUCCGCAAAUGGCCACAAACUGUAAAUUAGAUGAGUGCACAAUAGUAACGGAGAUGAUGAUGAUAAAGAAGAAGAAGAUGAAGAUGAAGUAGGAGAAGGAGAUCAGUUUUCACGUGCUUGAUUGAUAUGCUUGUGUAGCGGGACAAUUUGGAGUUGUCAAAGUGGCAUUGAUUUGCAUGAGGUAGUCCGAUUGAUUGAUCAGGAGUGGGAGACGAGUGUACAUAGUCAUCUGCUGAUGCAGUCUUUCUGCAUUGAGCAGUUUUUUCGUCUUGGCGAUGGAAAAGACAUCUCUGUCUGUAGCAGAGCUAGACUCGAACCAGGUGCGCUCAAAUGAGUGCUGGCGAUUUCAACUCAUCUGGAGAUGAGCUACUUUGUUAUGUUAGCCCAACUUAAUGUUCUCUCUCUCUCUCUCUCUCUCUCUCUCUCUCUCUUUUUCGCA